CGAAAUAAAGUUUCACUUCAAAAUUACAUAUAUAUUACUAUUAAUUAAAUUGUCGGCGUCUUCAUUCUCUCCAAAUCUUUAAGUAAUUCCUUGGGUACUUCAUUUUGAAACCCUAUAUUCUCAACAUUUUUUUGUCAAUAUCUGAUCACUAAUUACCUACCUACCUUUAGCACUGGAAAAAUAACUUAAAAAAUAUUACCUCCAAAAAUAAGAACUUGUCUUUUGGUAAAGUAACUGAUAUUAUUUAGUGGUUUUGUUUGCUGCAAAGACUUGUUGGUACAAUACUGAAAAAAUCCUACGAUUUUUAAGUAUUAAAUCCAGAGUUUUUGAGGGACUUAGUGAAUUAGGAAUACAUAGAUACUAUGCCCUGCCAAGGUUUAGAGAGGAACCCUCCUGCUGAAAAAAAGGCAAAAAUGGCAGACAGGACUAAUGAUAAAGAGCCAACAUGGGUGUUACAGGGCAAGAAAUUACUGAAAGUCCGAGAAUUCAAAGGAAAAGUAUAUGUAGACAUAAGAGAAUUUUAUGAAAAGAAUGGUGAACUUUUACCAGGUAAAAAAGGGAUAAGUCUCACUCCAGAACAAUGGAGAAAAUUGUUAUCAGUAGGUGAAGAGGUUAAUGAGACUGUUAGUUCCAUGUGUUAAUUGUUUUUUUUGUUAAUAAAUGCAUUGAUUAUAAUA